AACCAUGGAGACAGGGCCGCGCCGGGAGCGGAAGUGACGGAAUGUGAACACGCUGCGGCCGCGGUACGGGCGGCCCGGUGGCCUCGGUCCGUCCCGGCACGGGCGUCGUGGUGUUCGCCCCCGGAUCCUCCCCCGGCCCGGUCCACCAGGCCAUGACGGACCCGUCGCUGCUCUCGGCCGAGCUGGAGGCGGACGAGGAGGAGGAGGCGGCGCUGCGGCGGCUCCUGCUGCAGGUGACCCCGGACCACGAGGAGGCCCCGCGCCCCGGCCCCGCCCGCGCGGUCACCCCGCAGCCGGGGCUGUGCGUGAAGACCCGCGCGGGUGGGGACAAAGUGUUCGUCAACGUUUGUCACUCGCCCGAGGUGCCGCCGCCCCCGCCCGUGUCCCCCCUGGGCCUCCAGAAGCUCCUGCAGGAGCCCCCUGGCCCCGACGGCGGCUUUCGGAUCCCCAUGAGCCUCGGGGAGCCCCACGCCGAGCUCGACCGAGGAGGCCGAGGCUGCACUGCCUACGAUGUGGUGGUGAAUUCGGGGUUUUUCAGGACGCUGCAGGCCGAUCCUUUGUACCUCGAGUUCUUCCUGACCGUGGCCAUGGAGGGGCUGUCGGAGAAGUAUGGGGUGGAACUGGAGCCCACCGGCUGGAGGGUGCUGCGGAAUCGGAAAUUCCUGGGCUCCAUCUCGGCCCAGAAUAUCCGGGCCCGGCCCCGGCCCCACAUCCAGGAGCUCCCCGGUCCCCCAGACCCCCCCCAGUUCGUGGUGGUGGCUGAGCCCUCGGCCCAGGACCCACAGGUGCUGCAGGCCCGGGUCCACCUGCCCCAGGUGGAGGGGGCGGGGUCUCUGUGGCUGGGGCUGAGCGAGGAGCGGCUGCUGCUGGUUCGCCCGCCGCCAGGGGGCGCCGCCGCGGACGGGGCCGCGUGUCCGCCCGCCCGCCAGGGGGCGCUGCUGGAGCUGGGGCUGCCCCUCCCCGCCGACCCCGCGCGGUGCCGCGCGCGCUUCCACCGCCGCUCCAAGGUUCUCACGGUGACGAUGCCGCUGCGGGUGUGAGGGACGAGGGACCCCCCGCCACGGACCCCUUGAGACCUUCCAGGAUUGCUCUGCACCCUCCCCAGGACCGUCCUGGACUUUCCCUCAGGGACCCCCUUCAGGAUCCCCUAACCUCUUUGGGGUCCCACUGGAAACUCCUGGACUCCCCCAGGAUCAUCCUGGACCCUCCCACCUCAGGAUCAUCCUGGAUUUCUCCUUGGGGAUCCCCCUCAGGAUCCUCAGACCUCUUCGGGACAUUUCUCAUGAUGGUCCUGAGAAUGCCAUGACCACUCAGGGACCCUCCUCAGGACCCCCUGAUCCCCUCCAGGAUUGUCCAGCAUCCCCCCCAGGACCCUCCUGUUCCCCAGAGGCCCCUCCUAACCCCUCUUCCCACCCUCGACAUCCACUCGGGAUCCCCCGUUCCCCUUAGAUUCCCCCCACCUACUUUUCUGUAUGAAACCCCCCAAUAAAAGUUAAACCCAGA